AUGGGAGAGGGUGGCCUGCGAGUAAAAAGCUCAGGUCAUAAAUCUGACAGCGACCACAACCUCAACCAGACGGCACUUCUAGGCCACGACGCCUCUGCCCCUCGCGGCUUCGCCGCUCACUCGCGCGUUCUCGCGAGACUCGCUUCUCUCGCCCAAAUAGGAGAGCUUGCUCGCAGGCUAGGAACAUUACCACAGUCUAGACAACGUUACCACUCUUUCGGCUGAGAAAGGAGAGGAUCUUGUCGACUACAAGAAGAACAAGUACGGUGAAGGAAACGUCUCGGAGAAAAUUUGUCCGAAGUGCUGCAAGAAAUUUAAGUGCCUUACUUUGGGAAUUUAUGAGGAUGAGAGUGGAAUGAUGCAAUAUUAUGCCGACGACUGUUAUGCUUGUGACGUGUGCUCUAAAGACGAGGAAUGGUACUCGUACUAA